AUCUGUGAACUACUUUGACGUUUGUGCAAAAGAGGUUUUCCCCAUAAACAUUAAUACAUCACCAAUUACACAAUAGUUACUAAUCAAAAAGCUCAAUUUCAAGUAACGUCAGUCAUGAAUUAAUUCGUUCUCCGUUAAAACAAUCCAAUCAUCAUUCUGACACUUGAAUAAUGUACAAUCAGAGAGGUAGAGGCCGAGGAAGGGGUUACAGAACUCAAAGAAGUAAUGAGGGGCUGCACAAUGUGAACUCAACGCAAGGGCUUCCGCCGCAGAAACCGCCGAAAAGGAACAUAUCAAAACACGACAAUAAUUGCUGCACUGACGUCAGUUUCUCCCUGGAACUUGAGGAGGCUGAAAAUGUGUUUUUUAAGGACCUUAAAACCAUAUGGUCAAUGUUGAAAAUCUGCCCCCAUGUGAUAAACAAACUGCAUCAGUUCUUCAAUACUUGCUAUAAUCCCUAUGUACAAGUUCUAAGACUGGUUUAUAAUUGUCAGGAAUUUUCCAAUGUUAAGCCUAAAUCUCUACCACAUUUUAUAAUAGAUGAGUUCAGGAACUGGGCUGCAACAAAUCGGAAUGGGAUUGUGCAUUUGCUCACACCACAAGUUAAAUUGGAUGCGUUCAAAGUGAUUUCAAAACAGAAUUCUACUAUUUUAAAAUCAAUAGUGAUAGAAUGUUUUGAACUAAAGCAAGACAAUGAAAUGUUUCUGGAUAGUGUUAAGUGUUUGAUAGAAAAGAAGCAAUAUAGAGAGGCUUGCCAAUAUGCAGCCCUCCUGUAUUUACAUGACAAAUUUAAAAUAGAAGACUUCCUGAUUCCCCUUGUGCUCCAAGACAAAUUUUUCGCCAUUGAGGAGUUUUUGGAGAAGAGCCCCCAGCACCAGUCCGAAUUGAUACUAUGGUGCGACUCCAUUCUAGGAAAUCAUUCCGUCAAAGACGCCCUCGGCGCCUAUUUCAUCAUGAACGGCAUUCCCGACAUAAAACUGGAGAAGUUACACGCCAAACCGUGGAAGAAAAUGAUGACGAAAUUCGUGAAAACCUAUAAAAUUCCAUCGGAUAUGACACCAAAUUUGGUUAAAAGACGGAAUGAAGGUGCAGUGCAGUUCAUUCUUUACAAGAAGUUCAUCGAGAAGGCCUUCAGCGACGAGAGCUACAAGGAAAUGAUACAGGAGGCGGUCGGGAAUGACGAGGAAAUGCAGAAGGAGCUGGUCUACCAAGUGUGUUCAUUUAACGAGCUAAACGAGGCCCUGAGGUGGGCCCAUUUUUAUAAUAUAAGCAGGGACGCGUGGCCCUACGGGCUGCGCAUAUUCGAGGAGAAUCCUGAAGGCGAUAGGCCCCAAUCCCCUAAACAAGAAGAUAACUGGGACGACGAGAUAAUACAAAAAAACAUAGAGUAUCACAAAUUUUCCAAAACCUUUGAUUCCAUUCGUCUUAUUGACACGGAACAGACGUUCCGCAGUUUCUUGGAUAAGGGAUUGAACGAUGUUGAAGUUGUUGGCCUGGACUGCGAGUGGAAGCCCAGUUUCGGCCAUAAAACCAACGAAUUAGCCCUGAUGCAAAUUGCCACAAGGAGAUGUGUCUUUAUCAUUGACAUUGUCAAUUUAGGAAACAAAGUACCCCAUUUAUGGAAGGAACUAGGCAAUCUUUUGUUCAAUAACCACAACAUUCUUAAAUUAGGUUUCAGUUUUAGUGGUGACUUUUCUUUAAUUAGGCAGACGUUAAAGGAUAUUACUUUUUCGCUCAAAGACGAAUUUUUGGAUUUGUGUUCACUUUGGAAGCAAUUAGACAAAUAUCCUAUGAUUAAAUUGCCUUUUGAAGUUAGUAGUGGUGGUCCAAGUCUAACGACGUUAGUACAACAUUGCUUCGGUAAACCACUGGACAAAUCGGAGCAGUUCUCCAACUGGGAGAAGCGUCCCUUGCGUCAAAACCAGCUGAUGUACGCCGCACUGGACGCCCACGUCCUGAUCGAAGUCUUCGACGUGCUUCGCGAUCUGUUCCAAAAGGCCGGCUGCAAUUUCGACGAGGUCUGCUUCCAGACGAUGGGAAGCGACCACAAGUUGAAAAAGAAAUCGAAGAACGCCAACAAGAAAAAGAUGUAUGCGUCGAAGGCGUCGACGCCGCAGCCCCCCAGUCCUAUCGUGUCGCCAGUCAAGCCCGACCAAAUAAAACUAGUCUGUGAUACGAUGCUCCAGGGACUCGGUAAGCACCUGAGACGCAUCGGGGUGGACUGCGCAAUACUGCAGAACCACGAGGACCACAAGGAGUGCGUAAGGUUUUCGCAGGACGAAAACCGUUUCAUCCUCUCCCGGGGCAACAUAUAUAACAUGUUAUCCGGUUACGUGCCUCAGGGCUACUGCCUGAACGUCAUCAGCGACGACGUGGACGAGCAGCUCAAGCAAGUGAUCGACUACUACAAAAUCCAGGUGUCAAAGGACUAUGUGUUCAGCAGAUGUUGCAUCUGUAACGGCAACAGCUUCAUUAAGGUGUCCCGGUCGACGAUGCACGCGCUCAUCAAUUCCAGCAGGAGCAAGCUGAGCGGACCUACCGACUACUUCGAGGAGGAGGCGUUCGGCUACUCCAGCGACGAAGAGGCCUUCGAACCCAGUCUUCCUGUUUCGGCGACAAGAAAAUGGGACUUGUAUUCAGACGAGAAAUUGGACGUGGGAUUGUGCAAGACUAAGCUGGGGGCAGUGAUCCAGGUGUUGAACAUACCUAACACAGUACUUAAAAAAAACGAUCUGUUUUACGUUUGCGAGGAGUGCGGUAAAGUGUUUUGGGAUGGUUCGCAUUUCGAGGCAGUCCUGCAAGGGAGACUUAAAGGGGUUGUGCAUUGAAUUAUUGUUGAUUACUAAGUUAAACACUGAACUAAACUGAAGGUUAUAUUUUAUUUAAUUGCUUAUAUGUACCUUUUAAUACAUAAUCAAUGAACAAUU